AUGGUGACAAUUGCUGCCACCGACAGUGGCUGUUACUCUCGUGCCAUCGGCAUCAUACAAGCUGGCAACUGGAUAAAAUGCUCAAACACAGCUCUCACACUCAACGGUGCCUCAGCAUGUUGCUUGGCAGGCUCGCUUUGUGGUGAAGAUUCACUUUGUCACACACCAGAAUCGCUGAGUACCGGCGGCGACAACUGGUACCCAGCAGGCUGCACAGAUCCAACAUAUACCGAUCCUGUCUGCCGGCUAUCAUGCACUACCGGUUAUCCAACCUUUGCCACAUACAACACAUCAGCUAGUCUUUGGGCUUGCUGUGGCGCGGGUGGCUGUAAUGGUACAUUGACCGGCGAGACAUUUUCUGCUAUUGCUCCAGCCCAAUGGUCAGCUGUACCAACCACGGCAACAAAUUCAUGGAAUGUCGCAGCGACAGUCAGCAUACCCACAUCGACAUCCUCGGCUACAUCAGCAAUGACAUCUGCGGCAUCAACGACAGCGAGCACAACUUCGACACCAACCACUUCAGCAUCUCAAUCCAGCGGCCUCAGCACCGGCGCCAAGGCUGGCGUUGGCAUUGGUAUUGCUGUUCCCGUUGUAGCUCUACUCGCCGGCCUUACUUUCUUCCUACUACGAAGAAGACAGCAGAAGGGUGCGAUUGAACUACGAAACGACUACAGUCUGCCGCCCUACAACGAGGCCAUGCAACACACAGCCGUCUACAAGUACGGUGGGCGUGUGCAAUCCUCGGAGCUGAAUGGAAGUAUGCCAGAGUCAAGACAGGAGCUAGAUGCGGCUUCAAUGCCGCAUGAGUUGCCCACCGAGCACGCACGAGAGCAGAAAGCAUAA